AUGUUGUUCGCAAUCGCACCUUUGCUUCGCGAAGUUCGCAUUUUUGGGGUGUACAAUUAUUGCGAUUUCCUCGUCCCGUGGUGGCAAUUGGUAAUACUUGAUGAUACCCAGAGAUUCAAGGACGACACAUUUAGCACGGCUGUACUAGAUAUCUUGCCUACGAUGGGUCAUAUACAAGAACUUAAAUUGUCAUGGGGCAUUAGAGCACAGACGCAUCUCCCAUUCAGACUGCUAUUUGACAACCUCGAGGUUCUGCACGUACAAUUUUGGUCUCGAUGUCACCGUGGACUGCUCGACAACCUCAUACUACCGAAUCUCAUAGAACUCAAGAUAACUGGACAACACAGAGACCCUACGGAUAGCAUCAUAUCUCUGAUCAAGGCCUCCUGGAAUCGCACUUCCAUGCUCCAAAAAGCUUUUGUUGCUUACAUCCCACUUGCGAGAACUCGAGAUCACACUCCCUCAAAAACAGAUCUUGCAGCGCUGAUAGUUGACCAGGAACAUCUGCUUGUGCCGGAUCUCCGUGUGUUGCGUAUCCUGGCGGAUACCGUCUGUGGAGAUGGAAUUGCUGCCAUCAUACACAAAAUUGGUGUCUCUCGUCUGAUUGCUAAUGAUAACCCAGCCGCGCCCCUAGCGGUGUGCGUAACUAAACUGGACGAAUUGACUGUAAUAUUUCCUACUGAUGAAGAUCGACUUUCUGAGCUCAAGUUUCUAGAAGACGGAUCUGGAUCAUCCGCUGGCAUACUCACAGUUUCACUUCCGGAGCAAAUUCAUGACUUUCUUCAUAUUUUGAAGAAGUCAUCGAGUCGUUGA